ACCUUUCUCUAAAUAUAAGAACCAAUUUAAACCUAUUCAACCAAACAUAUAAACCUAAUCGAUAUAUGAUUUUAGAUACGAAGAAUCAAAACGUUUAGUUACUUCCUAUCAAAAUAAAAAACUAUUGCCUUCCUCGCAUCAUUCAUUUAAAGCUAUUUUCACAAUAAUCUAAAUAUAUGUAAAAGUAUUAUUUUUAUCAUGAUUUCUCUUGUUUACUUUUAAUCAAGGCUAUUAAUACAUAAUUUUAUUAGAUUAGACCAAAUUUCAUAUUAGUUUUGUAUUUUAAAAUUUUGAUUAGUUUUUUUUAAUUGUUGAAUAAAUUCAGGUAGAUCAUGAACGACAAAAAGGAUUUCCUAGCUAAUAAUUUUACAUCAAGUCAUAAAAAGCCUGUAAAAGGAAGACUUAAUUACAAGAUAAUGAAGGAAAUUGGUUCCCUUUGAGAAGUUUGUUCUUGAUACCAUUAUGAAUUUGAUUAUUCUAGUUGUAUUUUAAAUUUUGCUGCAAUAAACAAAGUCAAUGUAUGGUAAAGUUUCCAACUUUUGUUUUUGUCAAGUUUCCAUGUAGAUCAUAUAAACUCCAAGUCAACAUAACAGUAGAACUCUGAACAAAAAUACUGAGAAUCAUACCAACUGCUAUUGAUGUUUCUCGUCCCGGAGCCCAUUAACUACCGAAGAAAGUUAAACCUUCUAUGAAAAUUCAAUCCAUAAUCUCUUUUGAUCUGGCACCAACUUAUGAUCGUGGGAUUAGUGAUUUCUAUUACAAAAAUCAACAUUCUCCAAAUGUGUAUCACUAAAGCAGACAUUUCAGUUAAUAAGAGUUUUUUUUGUUUUUGGCUAAAAUGUUAAUAAGAGUUGUUUAGCCAAGAUAUUUGCACCGCAAAUGCAGACUAUUACAUUCAACAUCAAUGGUGUCAACUAAUAUAACUUAAUCUGACUAAAUCAAUCCAUAAAGUGACAAACCGAUUAUGUAUGUGCUUUAAAAAGGUUAAAAUGCAAUUAGAAAAUCAAAAUUUAUGAUUGAAUUAUAUAAAAAAGUUAUAGAUUGCUUUUUAAGGUACUGUUGUUGUUGUGUCACAGUUAGAAUCAGAUUUAUAUAAUAUAUAUCUGAUAACACUACCGAAUCAGAUAUGAAUAAUUGAACUCACUUUAAGGUAUAUAAAAAUCACAAGACUCUACGGAAACAUCAACAAAAAUUAAUAGUUUUAACGUCUCACCAAACCCACUCACCCACCUAUUCGACUGGUCAGGCCUAUUUUUCUUUCGUUAUGAAACAAAAGAAUUAAGAACUAGCCCUGGAAUCACAUGGCCAGACUAGUAUAUGGGUCCUUUAAAUAUUCUCAGUAGAUUUGCAGAUAAUUCAAACUUUUCACAGUCCCACGUCUGGCAAUUAAUCUUGUAACCAAUUGAUCCAUUAGAGAUUUGGUAAAUAAUUAGACCUUUAAUAUUUUUUAUAAUCAAAGGCCCAAGCAUAUUUGCUUCAGUACUUGAUUUCACUCGGGGCUUUGAAGCAAUAUAAUUUUCUCCUUUGCACAGUUACACGUGCGUUUCCUUAUUAAAACCUAGCUAACAUGCAUGCAUGUGUUUGAACACUGAUAAUGCAAUAAUGCUUAACAUUCAAGUGAAAACAUUUUGCUAACAAUAAACGAAACGAACAAUUUCUCAUAAACUAUUUAAUUCAAACGUCAACAAAUUCUGUAAGAUAAUACUAUUUUCACUAAUAUCAUAAUAGUGUAAAAUUAUGGAAAAAUAAAAUCUUCACUAACUGUAAUAUGUAAUAUGUAUGAAAAGCUGCAGUAACAAAAAUUGCAGCUCAGCUGCUAAAGCAAAUGGAUUUUUAAGAUAAUACUAUUUUCACUAAUAUCAUAAUAGUGUAAAAUUAUGGAAAAAAGUCUUCACUAACUGUAAUAUGUGUAUGAAAAGCUGCAGUAACAAAUAUUGCAGCUCAGCUGCUAAAGCAAAUGGAUUUCACCUCAAUUGAUUAGAUAACAAGUGAAAUAUCAAAGUAAAUAAUGAAAUUUGGUUUUCUCCUAUAAAUUUCCACAAUAGUAAAAACGGUUAAAACCUUAAAUCUAAAUAUUGAUAAUCAAGACAACUUUUAUCUUUCUCUACCAACCUUCCCCUAAAUCAAUAAUCGACAUUACCCACAUUUUGUUUGUGCCAUGAAUUUCGCGGUUUAAUUCUAUAUUUUCUUGUUUUACAUUUGAAAUAUGAUAGUUACUAACAACAGUAAAAAGUUAGUAAUGUAGUAUUCUUUUUUCCAUAAUGAUAACUUUCACACAUAUUAAAAAUAUAUUGAAUUUAUAUCAUAAACGCAUCAUUUAUGAGAUUUUAAUCAAACUUCAACAAAUAAUAGUUUAAUAAACUCAAUUAAUUUUUCAAAGUUUGUAUUAUUUUUAGAUAAAAUGAUUUUAUAAAAUACAAAAAUUAUAUUUGUGAAACCAUUUUUUUCUUCUAAAACAUGACACGGAAUCAGUAUUUUUUAACAAACAAAAUAAAUCGGAUUACCAACUCCCUCCCUAAUAUAAAUCAAAGUCUCGACCAGAUCUGUCUAGAAAGUGAAUUUGAUUUACACAUUUUUCCAUUUUUAUAGUAAUACUCGAUUUAAUCACUGAAAAAAAAACUCAUGUCAUGGUUUCUUAUAACGGCGGCCAUUGCCGCAGUCGUGUCUUACAAACUGAUCCAACGGCUAAGGUUCAAGCUCCCACCGGGCCCACUCCCUAAACCAAUAAUUGGUAACAUCUGCGACAUAAAACCUGUCCGGUUCAUAUGCUACUAUGAGUGGGCACAAACCUAUGGACCAAUCAUAUCGGUUUGGAUAGGUUCGAUUUUAAAUGUUGUCGUAUCUAGUGCCGAGCUAGCAAAGGAAGUGCUCAAAGAUCACGAUCAGAAACUCGCCGACAGGCACCGGAACAGAUCAACGGAAGCAUUCAGUCGCAACGGUCAGGAUCUAAUAUGGGCGGAUUAUGGGCCACAUUACGUGAAGGUGAGAAAAGUUUGCAUGCUUGAGCUCUUCACACCUAAACGACUCGAGUCACUUAGACCUAUCCGUGAAGAUGAGGUCACUGCCAUGGUCGAGUCCGUCUUCAGAGACUGUAAACUUCCUGAAAACAUAACCAAAGGAAUACAACUGAGGAAGUACUUAGGAGCGGUUGCGUUCAACAACAUAACGCGGCUAGUGUUCGGAAAGCGCUUCGUGGACGCGGACGGUGUGAUAGACGAGCAAGGGCUUGAGUUCCACGCCAUAGUGUCCAACGGUCUGAAGCUAGGUGCUUCACUGUCGAUAGCUGAACACAUCCCCUGGCUCCGGUGGAUGUGUCCGGCUGAUGAGAAGGCGUUUGCUGAGCAUGGUGCUCGCCGCGACCUCCUGACUCGAGCUAUCAUGGAAGAGCACACUUUGGCCCGUCAAAAGUUUAGUGGACCUAAGCAGCAUUUUGUUGAUGCGUUGCUUACGUUGAAGGAUCAGUAUGAUCUUAGCGAGGACACCAUCAUUGGUCUUUUAUGGGAUAUGAUCACGGCAGGGAUGGACACGGCAGCGAUAUCAACAGAAUGGGCGAUGGCAGAAAUGAUCAAGAAUCCAAGAGUGCAACAAAAGGUGCAAGAAGAAAUCGAUAGAGUCAUUGGCCUUGACCGGAUCUUAACCGAACCAGACUUCGCUAGCUUACCCUACCUGAAAUGCGUGGUUAAAGAAUCAUUCAGGCUGCACCCACCAACGCCUCUAAUGGUUCCUCACCGAGCCAGAGAAGACGUCAAGAUAGGAGGCUACAACAUUCCAAAAGGUUCAAACGUUCAUGUGAACGUUUGGGCGGUGGGUAGAGACCCGGCCGCAUGGAGAAACCCAUUAGAGUUUAGACCAGAGAGGUUCUUGGAGGAAGAUGUUGACAUGAAGGGUCAUGAUUUUAGGCUGCUUCCGUUUGGAGCAGGGAGACGAGUUUGUCCUGGUGCACAACUUGGUAUCAGCUUGGUGACUUCGAUGUUGAGUCAUUUGCUUCACCACUUUGUUUGGACACUGCCUCAAGGGACUAAUACAGAUGAGAUUGACAUGUCUGGAAACCCUGGAAUAGUUACUUUCAAGCGUACUCCUGUUCAAGCCGUUGCCACGCCUCGGUUGGCUUCGGAUCUGUAUAAACGUGUGCCUUUUGAUAUGUGAAUAUGUCUCUCCUCAUCUACCUUCUUGUGGUGCUACGGAUGAUGAUGGUCUUGCUGUUUUUUCCGUAUGCAUGUUUCUUUUGCGCUUUAUUAUGGACAUAAGCAAAUAAACCAUCUUCUUUGUCAUUGAGUUUAACGAUCUUCA